UUUGUGUCAUUUGGGUAUCAAUUUCUAGCGCUAUUUUCUGUUAUUUUGUAAUUAAUUUUAAUAAGAGCUGUAGUUUAUAUUAUUACCAAACGAAACAUCCACAUCAAUCACAUAUUGAUGUGAUUUAUAAAGAAAAUGGAUCAGAAAUACGUUAAUAUUAAAGAGUUAAAAACUUAUAGAAAAACCGAUAAAAAGGAAAAAGCAGCAAUAAAUAAUAAUGAAAUUAAAAUAAAUCAUCAUACCAGAGUUCCUUUAAGUACCCAAAAUGCGGUCAAGUAUCUUCUAGAAGGUACAUUAAGGUUGCGAGUUUGUAGGUACUGUUUGAGCGUAACUAGCAAGCUAUCAGAGCUAGAUGAAAUGCUUGUCAUAGCGGUAAACGGUUCACUCCAUGAGGUCACUGUGAGGGACAUGGUCGCUAGUAUUCAUCCUUUUAAGGUGACUGAAGAUCGUAAUUUUCCAAACAAAAUUUGUAGUGAGUGUCUUACACAUGCCAUUGGUAGUUAUUUAUUCUCGCAGCAGUGUGAAAGAGCGGAAAGAGCUUUACGUAACUGUCUUGAUGACAUGUAUGAAAAAUUUGAAAAGCUGGAUCCACUUGAACCAGUGAAAAGAAGAGGCAAAAGAAAAAUGAAUCUCAACCAUAACAUACUUUAUACAGAACAUGAAGACGUUAUUAAUUACGCAGAACCGAUUAUAAAUUUAAUCAAUGUUGAUAUAAUAUCUCAGAACAACAAAACAAUUAGUGAAUUGGAAUGUCAAAAGUGUUCUCAAGUCUUACCUAAUACAGAAUCAUUGUUAAACCAUGAGAAGUCGCACCCUAAAUCAAUGUGGUAUAAUUGUCGGUUAUGCGGUAAAUCAUUUGUCAAACAAUACCAUUUGAGGAGACAUUUAAAGGAAAAUCACAUUUUGGGCGAGGAAAUUGAAAAAGAAUUUAAUACAGAGCAUUACAAAUGUAGAGAAUGCGGUGCUUCAAACAAAACAUUUGUAGAACAUUUGCAACAUAUAGAGAAACAUAAGUUUAAAGAAACAUUUCAGAAUUUGAUUGAACGUAAAGUUGAUAAUUUGUGUUCUGUUUGCUUGGAUAAGGGUACACGGAUGGUCGACUUGGGUGAUGUCAUUCAUCUGCAUGGAGGAUACCCUGAAAUAACAGGGGAUAGAACGAUCAGAAGUAUUUUACGAACAUCUAUACCAGAAAACACAUCAUAUAAAUACAAGGAAUUGAUCGUCCCACAAAAGGCAAACAUUUUAAGAUUAAUCAAAAGAAAUAUUGAACAAAAAUCUCUUGUAACUAAAGAAGUCCAAGACCAAUUGACUUUCAAGUUUAGUUAUCCCGAGUUAAUAAAUAAAGAUAUUAUUGAAAUUAAUUCUAUUAUAUUUUUAUUUACAAAACCAAAUGCAAUUGAUCCAGUAACUGGUAAUACUAUUCAUGAUAGAAUAAUACAGCCUUUAAUCAAAGAAGUUUCUGAAAUGAAUCAAAUAAGUUAUGUUGAUUAUAAAGAGGAAAAAAUAAAUAAAAAUGAAGGAAAAAUGAUGAAUUGUAAAAUAUGUUGGAUAUUCAAAAAAUCUACAUGCAAUACUUGCUUAGCUUCUGAAACAAGAGAUAAAAAUAAUACUAAUUUGACGAUUAAAACUAAAGAAAAUAAUGAAUGCAAUCUAUGCUGGCUGUUUUGUAAAACAGGCAAAUGUUACAUUUGCAAAAAAUGUAUACAGAUAACAAAAAAGUUAAGUAAUGAUAUUGUCGUAAGCAAAUUACCUGACCCAGAGAUAAAAAGAAGGAAAAAUAUACGUACAGAAGAUAUAGAUAAACAAGCAAGUUCCUGGCAAUGUGAUAUUUGUUUAACUAACAACAAAAAUAGACAUACAUGCAUGUGCUACAAUAAAUACAUUGAAGCAAAUAAUAUCAUUGGUUUUCAUGAUGAAGAUAUGAAGAUAACUCAGAAACUUGAUAUUCUUUGUACAGAGAAUGAAAUUGAUCCAAACGAUAAUGCAAUGGAUAUAGAAAUAACAAUAACUGAUAUUAAUAAAGAAAAUAAUAACACAAAUGCUGCUAUAGAAGCCAUGGAUGUCGCAUUCGAAGAUGAGACUAGAGUUGAAGUAAUUAAUCCAUCAAGUCAAGAAAGAAAUGAUUUCGUGAAUUCGAAUAUAAGUCAGAUUGAAUGUGCAGGAGUUACAUUUAAUAUAGGAAGGGGAUUUAAAAAUAAAAGAGCAGUUACAAAAAUGUCAGAGAAGAAAAGAAGAACAUCAAUUGCAUAUCGAAGAUAA